AUGGUCAGUAAUUUCCACAUCAGUUUACGAGGUACUGACUUUACAACUUCCUUCAAAUCAGUUAGAGAAUUCAUGGACAAACUUGUCCAAUGUGGGCGAGCAGAGAUCACAUCACAAGGUGAUUAUUUUGUUGACAGAAACCCUACAGUUUUCCAUCAUGUUUUGGAUUAUGCGGCUGGAAGAAAAUUUCAUCUUCCCAAAGGAAUUUGCGCCAUCGAGGCUAGAGAAGAAAUGGAGUUCUGGAUGAUUCCCAUUGAGGCCAUUCCAGUGUGCUGUUUUGAAGUAUUGUACAAUGACAAUUUGUCUAGCUAUGAAGCAAUUGAAAAAAUGGAGAAACGUCUGAUGCAUGGCGUUUGUCCGACGAAUGAAGAGAAAACGAUCUCUGGAAGUAAAUUUCAAAACUUAAGAGAGACUCUCAACAGAUCUACAGUGGAUCCUUGUUCGAGUCUGCAUGGGAAGAUAUGGUUGACCUUUGUGGCUGCUGUUACAAUCCUAGCGAUUAUCUGCUUUAUUUUGAAUACAGACAAAGACUACCGAGAGGAGAGAGAGAGCAUUCCAGCAAUACCAGACAAUGCUACAUAUAACCUUGUCUACAGUAACCCCAAACUCUCCAUGCUGAUUACAAAGAAAAUUCCUACUUGGCGUGUCGUCCUGGAGAGUAUUUCUAAUGUGUUUCUCCUAUUGGAUCUGAUUUUACGAUUUAUCAUCACACAUCAAAAGAAAACAUUCAUCUUCGUUCCUUCCAACUUUUUAGAGUUUAUUGCAAUUACGAUUUCAUUUUUCGUUAUAUAUAUGGAUAGAAAUCCUGAAAUGAUUGUUCAAAACAGUUGGUUAGAUAAACUCAUAAUAGUUGUCGGAUGCCUAUACUCUCUAAGAGUUUUCAAACUAUUACGCCUAGCAGAAACAACUGGUGAAAUGAAGAUUUUAAAAUUAUGUUUCCAAAACAGUUUGAGAUUAAUAGUACUUCUUUUGAUGAUAUUUACAAUUUUCUCAGUAAUUUUUGGAUCAGGAAUGUUCUGGGCCGAGUUUGAAAAUUCAGAAACUUUUCCCAACAUGUUCGUCAGUAUUUGGUGGGCCGUUGUUACCAUAACAACCGUUGGAUACGGGGAUCACUAUCCAAAGGCUCCCUUUGGGUACUUUAUGGCCUCUCUGACAGCGGUUAUCGGCUUAUUAUUAAUAGCAAUGCCCAUUGCAUCCUUAUCCUCCAGCUUCAAUACUUAUUACAGCUGUUACACGUAUAAAAAGAAAUAUUCUGAUGCUAAGAAGAAAUCCAGAGAAGAUAUUUCUGAAAACACUGUUGAUAAGUGUUAA